AGAGCGGUAGCUACUUGUGUCUCUGUGUGUGUUUUUCAACCGGUGUCCUGCGGCAGAGAGUGUCAGGUGUGCGCUGGGAAAAUGAUCCAGUUUCACCUCAUCUGUCCGGAGAUAGAGAUUCAUCUCUCCUGCCUGCCACCCAUCCAUCAUGUCACUCAAAGUCCAGACCAGCAACGUGACCAACAAGACGGAUCCCAAGUCCAUCAACUCCAGGGUGUUCAUCGGGAACCUGAACACGGCGGCGGUGAACAAGUCGGAUGUGGAGGGCGUCUUCUCCAAGUAUGGCCGAGUGCUGGGCUGCUCUGUGCACAAGGGAUAUGCCUUUGUCCAGUACGCCAGCGAGCGGCACGCCUGUGGCGCCGUGAUGGGCGAGAACGGCCGGGUGUUGGCCGGACAGGCGCUGGACGUCAACAUGGCGGGAGAGCCGAGGCCGACUCGCGCCAUGAGCCUGAAGAGACCCGUGGCUUCUGUCUACAGCGGGUACGAGCUGGACUACUACAGAGAGGAGCUCUAUGACAGGUUGUUUGACUUCCGUGGUCAAGUGUCCCCUCUGCCUGGGGUCCUGCCGGUCAAGCGUGUCACGGUGCCUGUGAUGCGACGGGUCAGAACCUUGCCCGUCGCUCUGCUGACCCGAAACAGCAGCAGCAACAGCUCCAGGCCCAGAGGGAGAAGAACAGAGCUGCAGGCCAUCAAGAGUGAGCUGACCCAGAUUAAAGCAAACAUAGAAGACCUGCUGGAUCGACUGGAGCAGAUCACAAAAGACACGCGCUUCACCGACACAGAGGCAGCAAACGGCAAAGCGUGUCUGAGUGAACACUCGUGUCACGACGACAAGGCCUCAAGGUCAGACCUGGAGAGCAGCUGGACGCAGGACGAAGAUGACGACGACGGGCACCGACUGGACGACAGCGAUAGCUGUUGCACGUCGCAUGAAGACUGCAGUCGUCCAUAGGAGGGACUGUCGGAUGGAGGGAAGAUCCUGACUGACCAACGGGGAGGAGGGUGAUGAAACAGCGGGACCCAAAGACACGUGAGCACACAAACAACUGUAAAGCACCUAGCGAGGAAACGGUCCGAAACACAAGCUGCAGGAUGAUACUAAAACAGCGGGCCGCCACCAGAAGCAUCAUAAACUCUUCAGCUCAUUGCAGAUGAGACGGCAAGAUGCUGCUUUCAGAGCCGCGUGGGACGGUUUAACAUCAGGCUGCUGUCGGAUCGCAUCUCUCUGCGGCAGAACACGGGACCAAGCUGCAGCGAACUCUGGAUGUGAGGAACACAAACUCAUUCGUGUGAUGAAGAGUGUUGGAACCAUGUGACCAAAACAUUGGUUCAUUUCACCUUGUUUUUAUUUGAUUAUGUUCUCUGUGAUGUCAAGUGUAAAAUACAUUGUUUCUUUGACUGCUUUGACUUUUUUUGGAAGCACAAUGAAAAAGGCAGGUUGAGCACAAAAUGUAAAUCAAGAACAUAAACAACAGAGCAUGUUGAGCUGCGUCUGAAUAGUUCAGUUGUAUUUCAGUGAUUUGGUUUAAAGAGCACCAGGUGGAGGAGUUGGCCCCCACCUGUCUCCUCAUCUGCCCUUGUUUAAGAAGGCCUCCCAGGUCGAAGAAUUCUGGAGGGUCCACCUGCUGCUGUGAGACUCAUUGGAAGCAAAGCUUGUCUGUGCAAAAUGACCUUUGACCUGUGUUGCUCUCUCCGUUCCCCCGUGCAUCUGGACCACGACAGGAAGUCGUCGCCUGCUGCUUGUCUGGGGGACGUUCCAGUGAUGCGUUCUUGGUUAUAAAGAGGAACAUGCUGGAGCUGUUAGCAUGGCGGCGUGGGGUCACUUCCUCCUCACACCUUCAAAGACCCUGAUAAUUACAGUCAA